AUGGAGGAUGAAGAAAAUGCUGAUGCCCCCAGUUUUGGAGGUGCCACUUCUGCUGGCACAUCUGGCCAAGAAUAUGAAAUGAUUCAUGAGGCACUGUUUCUGUUGCAGCCUUUUAAAGCAGCAACAACUGAGCUGUCAGAGGAGAAGAGAGUGUCAGCAUCAAAAGUCAUUCCUCUAUAUCGGAUGCUGCAGCACAACCUGUUAGAAAAAUUGAGGCACUCAAAGCAGCCAGCAACUCAGCAAUUGGGCACAUUCUUGAAGGAUGGACUGCAGGCAAGGUGUGGUCAAUAUGAAACUGUCCGACCACUGGCAACAUUACUGGAUCCACGAUUCAAAAACCUGGGUUUUGGCAACCCAGCAAAAGCACAGGAAGCAGAAAAGCAGCUGAUACUGGAGUGUGCCACUUUGAUCCAGCCUGCUGAAACAUCUGAUCCCCAAAUUGCACCUUCAUCAUCAUCCACAGCAGACAACAGUCUCUGGGACAUGUUUGACCAAAAAGUGAAGAACAAAACCACCACACGCAGCAUCACAGCAGACGCAACAAUUGAAGUUGGAAAAUAUCUUCAAGAGCCCUUCAUUCCCCGAUCUGCAGAUCCUCUUGCAUAUUGGAAGGAAAGGGCAGUGGUCUUUCCACAUCUGCAUAAACUUUCAAAGAAAUUCCUUUGCAUUCCUGCGACAAGUGUACCAUGUGAAAGAGUUUUUUCCAAAGCUGGAGAGGCAGCGAGCAGGGCAGGUGAGGAACAAACAGGAUCAGGAGAAGAGCAGGCAGAAGACAACUCUGGAGAGUAA